GCAACGCGGUAACACACAGCUGGGCCGCAGGCGGCGGCUGCUCCCCUGGCGAGCGGCGGCUGCCCUGUUCUCCCCUGUCCGGCGGGGCUGCCGGCCGGCCCGCCCCAGCCGCGGAAGGAGAGGAGCGGAAGGUUAAAUCUUUGGUCACAAAUACAAUGGAUGCACAAACAAGAAAAAUGGCUCAGUUACUGGACAAUGAUCAGUUUUUGGAAAAAGUAGGGGUAAGCGUGGGAUCUGGCACAGUUCCAGUGAAAGGCCGACCAUCCUGGCAUGAUAUUACAAUAACAGAUUUGGAGCCCGAUAAUGGAUUACUGGUUACUCACAUCAACCAGACACAAGACCUUCUGAGAGUGCAAAAGAGGAAAAUGCAAUCCAGUGAGGUACAAACCACAGAAGAAUGGCUAAGAAACCACAGUUUAGAAUCCAUGCAAUUAACGUUAGAAGAUCUCCUAAAGAAAGGCAAUAUUGUCUUGAAUUCAAGAAAUGCCACAGAACAGAUAGAGUUUGCUGCCAAGACAGUUGUUAAUUUUGAAGCCAAGCUGUCUGAAGCAAUUGAACGUUAUCACCAGCGAAUUCAGUGGCUGUUGGAGGACAGCAGAAAGGUGUUCGGCCUUAUAAAAGGGAACAAAGUUGGACUCCUGGUUGAUGUAUCUGAUAUAAGUUGUGAACCUCGACUAUUUGAGUUCCAGAAAGACCUUUUGUGUCUAAUAGAUGAACAGCUGUGUUAUAAGAAACAGUUAUAUUUCCUCUCCUUUGGUACUGAGAUUUCAUCUCUAUGGGAGAAUCCAACAAACGUCAAUGUGCGCGUCCUAGAUGAAGCAAGACAGUGGGUGCAGGAGCUACAACCCAGUGGAGGCUGUAAUUUGCUGAAAGCUUUAAAGAAGGUCCUUACAAUGAGGGAACUGAAUUCAUUGGUUCUUAUUGUAGGAAGCUGCCCCGAUCAGUCUUCGGAAAUAUUGUCUGACUAUAUUCAGCAAUGUACCUUGGGGAGAAAGCUGCUGAUACACACCAUUACGUAUGAAUGUAGCAAUCAUGUUCCUCCUGCUGUUCUAAAGAACCUUGCAGAAGUUGUUGGAGGCCGUUAUCACUGCUAUUCUUCAAAGAGUGAGAAUUACGAUAGUAGCGAUGUUUAUCUACUGCUUUGUGAAUCCCAAAAAGCUAAGAACAUUCUCAGCAGCAUCAAAGAAACUUUCCAGGGAAGGAUUGGUGAUUCAGUUAUUGGUAGAGUACAAGAUAUUUCCACAGAAUUUACCAAGUUGACACCUGCUAGUUUCCUACCCAAGCCUCCGAAGCAUGAAGGACCUCUUGUUAUACAAAUGCCAAGCUUCCUGGCCAAAACCUCAGCAGGCUGGUUAAAGACAAAUGGAUUGAAAGCCAAGAAAUUAAGCCUUUAUCAAGUUUUGGCUCCUAACGCUUUUUCAUCUGUGGAAGAAUUUGUGCCUAUUCUUCAGAAAACAGUGUCAUCAACUCUGCAUGAGAAAGCAAUGAUGCAGUUUGAAUGGCAUGAUGGGACGGUGAAAAAUGUUCACGUGGACCCACCAAUAUUAUAUGACUAUCAGAAACAGCUUGAUAGAACGGUGAGAACAUAUGAGAGGCGAAUAGACUGGCUUUCUAUCGCUAGCAGAAGAAUAUGGGGAACUGUUUGUGAACGGAGGGUUGUUAUACUUGUUGAUAUCUCAGUAACAAAUUUCUUGUACAUCAUUCAUAUCCAACAUUCCUUGCGACUUUUACUUGAAGAACAAAUGUCAAACAAGGAUUUCUUCAAUAUUAUAGCAUUUGGAAGUGACAUCAAGUCUUGGAAACCAGAAAUGGUUCCUUCAAAUCCAGAAAAUUUACAAAGUGCCUGGAGAUGGGUGUUGAGCCUGCAGUGCAAAGGCAGUAGAAAUUUCAUGAGUGCUCUAAGAAGAGCAGUGGAAGUAGACCUCAAAGAUAAAGACAAACAUGUAUCUCAAGGACUUUAUCUGCUUACCACUGGAGUUCCUGACCAGGAGAUGCAUACAGUUAAUACUUAUAUGGCCGAUGUCUGUGGAGGUUGUGAUUUGCAGCUUCACGUCUGUCUGUUCAGUGUAAAUGGCUUUGACCCCAAUGGCAUUAUUCCAUCCCGCUAUGCCAGUCCAAAUGAAACUGCCAGCGCGUUUAGAGAAAUAGCACAUGCUGCCAAUGGAAGGUUUCAUUGGUUUGGAGAAACAGGCAUUUAUGAAAGUGAUGAUAUCAGUAUUAUUGUGUCUGAAAUGGAAAAAGCCGUCAACUACUCCCAAAAGUGUGCCUUGCUGGUGGAAUCCUUAAAGCAACGUUCAGGAACACAGUUGGUUAAUCAGUUUAUCCCAGAAGAAGACUUAAAGAUGCUUUUGAAAAAGGAGAGAACUAGAGCACAGAAAUUGCUGCCUCCUAAACCUACAGCUCUCACUCUGGCUAGAAUGAAUAUCAAAGACAAUCAUGAGGGGGAGAAAAAUACUGCCUUAAAAGCUCUGACAUGGCGUCCAACUAGUGCCAAAGCAGAAAUCCCACCACCUCAGCCAAUAAAAGAAUUGGCUCAGACUUCUGGGAAGAAGAAACAUAAAUCAAGAAAACAGCCACAGAUCUCCCUCUCAGUAUUUUAUAUUGACAAAGGAAAAAAUGUGGGUGCAGUUUACAGAAAGUAUCCAAAGAAAAAAAGUGUUAAGAGGUCUAUUCCUUUUGCUACACUGCCAAAGGAAGAGGAAAUAUGUUCAAGCAAAGAGUGGUUGAACAAGUACAGUAUAAAAAAGUUGAAGUUAGAGUUGCCCAGAAUGAUGUUUGGUCCCAACUGUGUUCACCAGAAGAAAAUGGUGGAGUCUUUGCACAAGAAAGUGUCAGCAAAAUACUGUACCAUCUUCCCCAGUGUAGAAAUCAAUGGUAUUGUGAAACACCUACAAUUUCAGCCUAAGGAACUAGAAGACUAUGUUGAACAAAUGGAGAGGGUGUUAUGUUGCUAUAUAAGAAGAAUACAGUGGCUUCUCUCAGGAAGCCGGCGAUUAUUUGGCACCAUUUUGGAGACAAAAGUAUGCAUUUUGAUUGAUACAUCUGGUUCCAUGGACCCUUAUUUGCAACAGGUCACAAAAGAGCUUACCUCCCUCAUCUGGGAACAGCUAAGAAAGAAUAAUGCUAGGUUUAACCUGCUGAGAUUUGCAGAAGAUAUAGACACUUGGCAGGAGUUUCUUGUAGAGGCUACAGAUGAAACAUGUCAUGAUGCUGUACAAUGGGUGUCAAAAUUCCAAGCUCAUGGCACUACAUGCAUCCUUAAGGCUUUGCAGAAAGCUUUCUGUUUUCAAGAUAUAGAGGCACUGUAUGUUCUGACCGAUGGAAAGCCAGACACCAGCUGCAGUCUCAUUCUAAAAGAAGUUGAAAAGAUUAGAAUGAAACAAACAACUAAAAUCCACACCAUUUCUUUUAACUGUUCAGACAGAAGAGCUAAUGAAUUUCUGAAGAAGCUGGCCUCUCAAACAGGAGGACGCUACCAUCGCUGUAUUGGAGAUAUGGAUGGACAGUUAGCAGCACACAGAAUGUUGACAGAAGGGUUUGAUGAUGAUGAUGAUCCAGUUUUUCCUUUCUUCGAAGGAGAUGAUUUAAAGAAACUUGCUCAAGAAGUAGCAAAAGCCAGAAGCUUUUUAAUGCAAGCAAAAUCCUUUAGGUUGCUAUUAGAAAAAAGGAAUUUGGACCAAAAGGACAAUUCUUUUUAAAAAAAAAAAAAAAAAAAAUCCUCAGUUAUUUUAAGAGACUCCAGAUAUUAUCCUUGAUGGGUAAAAAAGAUGGACUAUCAUCCUAGAAAGAAAAUUAUUCCCAACGUCUUUAUAUAGUGAUGUCAAGAAACAACUGUUUGCACAGAAAAAAAAUAAAGCCUAAAGUUGAAGAGAAUGCAUUUGCCAAAAAGAUUUUGCAAAUAACUGUUUUCACUUCUUGAUCUAAAUUUUCUCUUUGCUGCCAUUACAAGUAGGAAGGAAAGAUGAUUCUAGAAAUCAGCAGACCCACAAGCAAGCAAUACCCUUUCAUGCUGAUAAAGUCCAGCUGAAUUCAAUAUGGGUCCAAUUCAACUGUCAACUAAAAUCAAGGGAGAGACUAUCACUGACAUUAGUGGUAGUUUGCUCAGACUUCUUUGGUAACAGUUCCAGAGAGCACUGUUCCCUCUAAGCUGUACACGUGCGCGCGCGCACACAGAUCCUAAACCCUGGGCAUACAGCAAAACACCGUAUGCACAAAAAUUUGCAUAGAAGCACAACAAUUUGCACAGAAGACAUUUUUUGCGCACAUGGCCUGUCAAAAAUUAGAGGGAACAUUGCCAGAGAGACUGGACAUAUGUUCUCAAGAGUCUUGUGAGAAAAUGCAAUUCAAACUAAUUGCACGGUUCUGAGAGAUGCAGAAUUUUCCAGCAAUUGCAUAAAAUAUGCACUUCUAGCUAGCAAACCUGGGCACCAAGGAUGAAACCCUGGCCUCACUGCAGUCAAUGGAAGUUUUGCCAUUGCCUUUGGGGCCAAGAUUUCACCCCAAAAGUUGAAAAGAUGUAAUAUUAAGUAGAAAUGGGCCAGAGAUGUAAAGUCCAGAUAGUGAUCUGAGAUUUCCCAAAGUCCAGGUGUAUAUAGAUCCCAAAUGCUCCCAUUGAAAUCAGUUGGGCUACUCUCAAGGUAAGAUAUUACACAGUAUGAAUAACGGUGUUUGAAUCUGGAUAUAUAUGACAUUGCAAAUCCAGACUGCAGUAUGUUCUGUGUUAGAUGGUGACUGACUCUUAUUUAAAGAUUUAGAAGCAUUUUCUCUCCCUUUUAAAUGUUUCCUGUGUCAUUUUUCAGUAAGACAUUUCUUGCAUGUUGUUUUUUGUAAGUUUGACUGAUUCAAAAUGUCCUUUGAGUGACAGCUCUGUCUAUACAGAGUAAUCUUUACAAUUUGUCUGUAAAAUUAUGAUUAUUAAUGGUUUAUAUAAUACUGCAUUAAUGCUACUUAUAACUUGACUCAGUGCCCCUUUGUAUGGACACCAAUACUAAAGAUUGCUACUUGGAACAUCAGACUAUGAUAGACAAAGAUGAUACCACUUGAUUUGAAAGAAGAACAGCUCUCCUUUCAAAAGAGCUGGCCCAGCAUGACAUUGACAUUGCAGCACUCAAUGAAACUAGAUUGGCAGACAAGGGCAUUAUUUCAGAACCGGCUGGUAGUUAUACCUUCUUUUGGAAGGGAAAAGAACCACACGAAGAUAGAAUCCAUGGAGUGGGAAUUGCCAUCAGGACCAAACUCUUGCAAUGUCUUGAAGACUUCCCAAUCGGCAUCAACAAAAGACUCAUGAAAUUCCAAUUACCGCUAAAUAAGUUGUGAUUUGCUACCAUCAUCCGUGCAUAUGCGUCUCCUUCACUAGCCCUGACGAUGCUAAGGCAUGGUUCUGUUCUGGUCUCAACUCUCUCAUCAAGUCAACACCUCAAAAUGACAAACGAAUCAUCCUCGGAGAUUUCAGUGCAAGAGUAGGUAAAGAUAACAGCUGGCAAGGUGUCAUUGAAAGAAAAAAAAAUGAGGCUUUCCAAAACUGGCAAAAUUAUAUUCAGUCCACCUCAAACAGAGACAGAUUCAAACUCCUGCAAAGCACGACAGAAAGACAACUACGCGUAAUACAAGAUAAAUGGUGGGAGAAGGUAGCAGAGGACACUCAUAUGUAUGUGGAAACAAAUAAGUUCUUUGAUUCCUUGAAGCAAGUCUAUGGACCUUCAAAGGUGGGCACAGGUUCACUUGUGAUGGCUGAUGAUAGGACAGUCACCAAAGACAAACAUGGCAUGGAACAGAGAUGGGUUGAAUACUUCAGCCAACUACUGAACGGACCAUCCUCAAUUGAAACAAGUGCUAUUAACCAGAUACCUCAAAAGCCUAUUCAGCACCACCUUGAUUCACCACCCUCACUUGAAGAAAUAGAAAAGACAAUCAGUAUGAUGAGCUCAAGGAAUUCCUUGGACAGAGAUGGAAUACUGGCAGAAAUAUAUAAAUCUGCAGGUCCAAAGAUGAUAACAACACUCCGGAAGAUCCUUACUGACAUCUGGGACAACAAAGAAAUGCCACAAGACUUCAAAGAUGCCACAAUUAUUCCUUUAUUUUAAAAAAAACAGUAAAAUAGUCUGUGAUAACUACCGUGGGAUCUCUCUCCUAUCUGUCACUGGAAAAAUCUUUCCUCGUGUCCUCCUGAACUGACUGAUUUCAUCUGUCUCAGAAGCCAAUCUACCUGAGACUCAGUGCUGAUUCAGACCUGGUCAUAGUACCAAAGACAUGAUUUUCAGUAUCAGGCAAAUGUAAGAAAAAUUUAUCUAAUAAAACAUGGAUCUGUUCAGCGUCUUCAUUGAUCUGACAAAAGCAUUUGAUACAGUCAACAGAGAAGGAUUAUGGAUGAUUCUCAGCAAACUUGGUUGCCCACCAAAACUGGUAAAUAUCAUUCAUUUAUUUCAUGAAGGGAUGCAAGGUCAGGUACCCUUUAAUGGAGAUCUCACUGACUCCUUUCCAGUUUCAAAUGGAGUCAAACAAGGCUGUGUCCUUGCCCCUGUACUGUUCAACCUCUUCUUCACCCAGGUUCUCUACCAUGCUACAGAUGGGCUCAACAGAGGCAUAUACGUCAGAUACAGACAUGACAGCUCAGUCUUCAGUCUUAUAAGGCAUAAAGCAAAAACAAAAGUAACAGAACUACUGAUAAGAGAUCAGGGGAUAGCCAUGUUAGUCUGUAUCCACAAAAACAACAAGGAGUCUGGUGGCACCUUAAAGACUAAAUCUGUUAGUCUUUAAGGUGCCACCGGACUCCUUGUUGUUUUUACUAAUAAGAGAAGCACUCUUUGCGGAUGACUGUGCCCUCCUAGCACACACACAGGGAGAUCUCCAGUGCAUCGUAGAUCACUUCGCUGAAGCAUCAAAAUUAUUUGGCCUCACAAUCAGCCUGGAGAAAACUGUGGUGUUGCAUCAGUCAUCUUCACCCCUCCAGGCCAUAUCCCCCUGGCAUCUCCACCAGUGGAACCCAACUAAAGCAAGUUGACAAUUUUACCUCUCGCGGCAGCAACAUUUCCAAUGCUGGAUCUCUUGACAAAGAGAUCAGGAACAGGAUACAGAAAGCUUCUCAGUCAUUAGGAAAGCUAUGUAACAAAGUCCUGAAAAUCCCACAACAUAACUCUCUCAACCAAAAUAAAACUUUAUAAUGCUUUUGUGCUCACAUCUCUUCUCUAUGGCUGUGAGACCUGGACACCAUACAAAUGGCAUAUCAAACAGCUAGAGGCCUGCGAUAUGCAGUCUCUGCAUGCCAUUAUGGGGAUCCUCUGUCAGGACAAAAUUACCAACCUGGAGGAUAUCCAAAAGUCAAAUGUCACAAGCAUUAAGGCCAUGCUGUUAAAAGCCCAACUAUGCUCAGUUGGACACAUCAUUAGGAUGCCUGAACAUCGAUUCCCCAGAAAAAUUUUCUAUGGAGAAUUAGCACAAGGACAUUGGAAUCAAGGCCACCCCAGAAAGCGCUACAAGGACAGUGUCAAGAACAGCAUACACUUUGGUGCAAUAAAACCAGAUGAUCAGCAUGGCGACACACAACACUCAGAGCUUUCCAAGCCUUUGAAAAGGACAGAAAUAAUUGAUUGUUAGCCGCAAGAGAAAAGUGUCAUACCACUGCUAUAGCUACCAAGAUGCUCACCAAUGACUUUGUCUGCCUGAUCUGCUCACGAGCAUGUGCAUCACACUUUGGACUUCAGAGUCACUCAAGAAUCCACAAAAAGAGAGAGCAUGAAAAUGUCAUAGUUGAAUCUAUGGACUACAUGAGAAUCUGUUAUGAGUAGAUCCAAUUGCUGGGUCCCGUUGCUUCCAAGCCAGCUGGGUCUAGGAGGACAAUACCUGAAGGUUUCAGUCAAACUACUCUUAAAAAUCUUCAGUGAUGGAGAUUCCACACCUCUAGGCAAUUUAUUCCAGUGCUUAACUACCGUGACAGUUAGGAAGUUUUCCUAAUGUCCAACCUAAACCGCCCUUGCUGCAAUUUAAGUCUAUUGCCUCUUAUACUAUCAUCAGAGGUUAACAAGAACAAUUUUUCUCCCUCAUCUUUGUAACAACCUUUUAUGUACUUGGCAACUGUUGUGUUCUCCCUCAGUCUUCUCUUCUCCAGACUAAACAAACCCAGUUUUUUCCAUACAUCAUAUUUUCUAGACCUUUUAAUCAUUUUUGUUGCUCUCCUCUGGACUUUCUCCCAUUUGUCUAAAUCUUUCCUGAGAUGUAGCACCCAGAACUGGACACAAUACUCCAAGUGGGCCUAAUCGGCGCAGAGUAGAGUGGAAGAAUUACUUCUUGUGUCUUGCUAACAACACUCCUGCUAAUACAUACCAGAAUGUUAUUUGGGGUUUUUUUUUUGUUUUUUUUGUUUGUUUGUUUUUUUUGCAACAGUGGUACACAGUUGACUCAUUUAGCUUGUGAUCCAUUUUGACUCCCAGAUCUCUUUCCCCAGUACUCCUUCCUAGGCAGUCAUUUCCAUUUUGUAUCUGUGCAACUGAUUGUUCCUCCCUAAGUGGAGUACUUUGCAUUUGUCCUUAUUGAAUUUCAUCCUAUUUACUUCAGACUAUUUAUCCAGUCUUAAGAUGAAAUUUUGAAUUUUAAUCCUAUCCUCCAAAGCACUUGCAACCCCUCCCAGCUUGGUAUCAUCCCCAAACUUUAUAAGCGUACUCUCUAUAUGCCAGGGUGGAUAACCUGAGCCUGAGAAGGAGCCAGAAUUUACCAAUAUACAUUGCCAAAGAGCCACAGUAAUACAUCAGCUCCUACCCUGCUCCCAGCGCCUCCCACCCACCAGCAGCCCCACCAAUUGGCGCUUCCCAUUUCCUCCUCAUCAGCUGUUUCGUGGUGUGCAGGAGGCUCUGGGGGGGAAAGGGGAGGAGCGAGGACAUGGAAGGCUCAGGGGAGGGGGCGGGAAAGGGUGGAGUGGGGGCAGGAUCUGUGGCAGAGCCAGGGGUUGAGCAGUGAGCACUCUGCGGCACAUUGGAAAGUUGGCGCCUGUAGCUCCAGCCGUGGAGUUGGUGCCUAUACAAGAAGCUGCGUAUUAACUUCUGAAGAGCCACAGGUUGCCCACCCCUGCUCUAUGCCAUUAUCUAAAUCAUUGAAGAAGAUAUUGAAUAGAACUGGAUCCAGAACUGAAGCCUCUUUCCCUUUGGCGCUGGCUGAUCUACACAUGCAGCAUGGUACAGGAUCAUUGGGGCCAAACAGAUGUGCUGCCUCCUGGAGCUCAGACCCAUUCAGUCCCUUCAUCCAUUGCAAUGCCAUCCUCCAAUCAGAGGGCAGCUGGCAGCAAGAAGUAAGGGAGGGGGGAUUUCCUGCCAGUUCUCUAGCCAACUGGACCUCUGUGAGGGUAGAGAGGCCAGCUUCUCCUGUUUGCUAAUCCCCCUCACCAAUCAGGACAGAAGCAGCCCUAGGCAUUUUGCCCACCAGGCAAAGCCCAAAAAAAAGAAGGGCGGAGCAGUACAAUGCCCCUUGGAAGUUGGCACCCAGGGUACUGCAUUCCUUGCCUGCCCCCAGAGCCAUCCAUAAAUCAAUGGUCCUGUUCAACAGAUAUGUUUCUCACGUUGCUAUAAUAUAGGGAAUGCUCAAUCCCCUUCCUCGGAUGCCCCAGAAACCUCUCUGACUGUCCAGUAAGUGGCACCUUUGUGUGAUUUAUUUACAUUCCUGCUCCUUGUGCAGCAAAUUAUUUACAGUGCAUCUCAGCCUUUAGCCUUUCCUCCAUAGACUCAUACACUUUAAGGUCAGAAGAGAUCAUUGUAAUCAUCAAGUCUGACCUAGUGCAGGCCACGGAACCUGACCCACCCACUCCUCUAAUAGACCCUUAACCUCUCACUGAGUUACUGAAGUCCUCAAAUUAUGGUUUAAAGAAAGGAACAGAUCUCCCUUCCUUGAGAUUGUGGCACACACUGAGCCUAGCUAGCCCAUGUCCUCUCACUUGCUUCCUUCCCAUGUCUUUCUUAUAUCCUUUGACUCAUGGACUAAUUGGUUCAUCAGCCCUCCCAGCCUGAUCAGCUAAUUAGCUUGCAUAUCCCCCAUCAGCCUUGUCCAGGAGAACUAACCGGUGCCUGUGUAAUCAGUGUUACCUGUUAGCUUCCAGCAUUGUCACAGUUGCAUCAAAGGCCGUGCAAGAUCUUGAAUAUGCUGGUUUUUAUUUUUAUUCCAGAACUUCAUGUCAUAGUUAUGUGAUUUUGUUUUCCUGGACUCAUACAGAGUUCCAGCUCUGAAAACCUCAAUGUUUUCAAGUCAGUUCUGUCAUCCUCAUAAUUUAGGAACUAAGAACACCAUUGUACUACAUGCUGUAUAAACACAGAACAAAAAGACUGUCCCCGUCCCAAGGAUCUUCGUCUAAAUAACAGAAGUUCUGGUAAGGUGGCUCUGAGAGAAAGCUAAAAGAGAGCUAUUUGGGUACAGAGUUCUGGCUGGAAAGGCAGGGUUGUCUGCAACAACAGACAAAGUACAUUUCUCCUACUGUGUUCAGGGAAACCGAACUUUGUAUAUCAUCUUUGUAAAUAAGAUUGCAUCAAAAAAAUACCUUACUAUUGUUAAUUUUUCCUUCUAACUGGAAGAACUCAGAAAACCCCAAAUUUGGCUAGCCACUCCAGUCAAAAGAGGUAAUAGUAUAGACAGACCUGAUCAUGUGUUAUAUUAAUUUCAUGGUUUAAGUCUUGAUUGUGUUCAUCUAAUUAUUUGGUCAGUUGUUGAUUUCAUUCCAUAUCACUGGCAAUUUGUUGAUUUAUUAAUUCAAUUCCAGAUAUGAUUCUGAUUUGAUAAUUGUGUUGGUUAAUCCUCACUUGGUUUAGUAAAAGUUUAAUAGUUUUAAUUAGAAGUUUAAUUUUAAAUUUGCCUUUUAUUAA